AUGUCGACCACCGGCCGAUUCCGCUCCAACGCCACUUCUAUGCUUCGCCUUAGUAGGGAAGCCUUGCGGAGAUUAGAGAUACUCACGACCGAGAUUCAUGUUCGUCGCGAGUCUCGCCGUCAACGAUUUCGUCCGUCCGGCGAUUCCUCAGAGCAUACAUCAAAUCCCAGCGAUCGAGAUGAAUCAUCACCGCCCAUCGAUCUGAAACUCGUAGCCUACCUCGAAGUGUUUUCGACAAGCGGGAUGUGCGUGUCGUCUUUCAAGUUCCCUAUCGACGACAGCGUUGGUGGAAUCGUUCAUCGGAAGAGCGGCGGUUCAUAA